AUGCAGAAUAUGGAAUCCAUCAUGCUCAUCGGCGAUUUUAAUGCGCAUGUCAGAGUAGACGCUGAAAAGUGGAACGGCGUGACUCGAAAAAACAGCCCUAGCGACCUCAACAAUAACGGCAUGAAGUUGUUGCAGUUUUGUGCAAACAACGGAUUGUCCAUUAUGAACACCUUCAUCGAGCAUCGAAGAGGGAAUCAGAAUACCUGGGCUUACGAGCGGCGUCAAAUCGCGCCUCACGCCGGCGUAUUCUGCGCCGAACAUCGUCCACGGUCCGUCCAGCCGUGUCAAGUCAAGACGCUGCUAGCCGUCGCGACGACUCGUAGAAAACACUGCCACCAAUCGAUCGAUCCUCAGCAUCCUAAGCACUACCGCAUCUUUCUCGAACCCCAACGGGACGCUUUCGAGCGCGUUCAACGCGUGGUUUUCGACAUGACGAUCUGCAGCAAACAAAAUCAAUGGGGAUACGCGGCUAAUUGA